GAUUUCGGAAGGCCAUCAGUUCCAUCGCAGCAAUCGCAGUGUAAAGGAGUAGCAACAGUCGUCCAAGUCAAGUGUUUCUUUCAAGAGCCAGUUCCAACCAACAUGAAGAUGUACGUCGUCGCCUCGCUGGGAAUGCUGCUGGUUGCUUCGGCCAUGGUUGCCGCCGACCAGUACCAUCACGCCCCGGAGUAUGAGCAUGCACCGGCCAAGCACAUCCCGAUCGUGCACAGCGAAUCGUACAGCAGCCACGAUGGUAGCUACAAGUUUGCGUAUGAAUCGGGCAACGGAAUCACUGCCCAGGAGGAAGGAUUCGUCAAGAACGCAGGCCAGAAGGACCACGAGGUGCAGGUUGCCCACGGUUCGUACUCGUACACCGAUCCCCAUGGUGUGCCGGUGUCCCUGAGCUACGUUGCCGAUGAGAAUGGAUUCCAGGUGCAGGGAUCGCACGUCCCAACUCCGCCGCCGGUCCCGAAGGAGCUGGUCGACGCUUACGCUAAGGCCGCCAGCCAGCCCCAGAGCCAUGAUGAGCCGGAGUAUGCUCAGCCUGCCCAGGGCCACGGAUACAGCGCUUACUAAGGCGGAGAGUGCCUAAGCUGAGGGUGCCAACAGUGGUGGCAUUCCCUUUUUCGAAGAGGCUGAGCCAGUAGGAUGGCAAAACAGUAAUCUCAAAGCAAUACUGACUGACUUAGUGGUCUGGCAAACUUUGCUGAUUUGCUGAUGUACCCAAAUAUAUGUGAUAUAAAACAUUUUUAAAGAAAAAUUUAACAAAUUUGGUUUAUUUUUUAUUAUUUAUUUUUCUUAUUUUUAUUAAUUUUUAAAAUGUUAAUUACACCUCAUACCUACUCUAAAAAUAGGUAAAUUGUCUAUAAAAGCCUAGCAAAUUUAUUAAAACAAUUUUUUAACUCUGCAAAAUGCUUCAAAAUGACCUACA